CAUUUAUUGUGAUACUUAUACCAAUAUAAUAGCGGCAUAGUCGUAAAACACACUGCGAGGUAGUGCGGUGGACCAUAUUAUUUUUUACUGUCGUUGUUUUAGUUAUUUUACGUUAGACAGAUACGCUGCUUGCAAGGGCUCUUCCCAAAGCCGUGCGACACAAUGGGCAGACAAGGAAAGCAUUGAUACAUAAUUAGGAACGCAAAUCGCCCUCGGUAGCCGGCUACCAAGAAUGCGAAAAUGACAACAGUGCAUUGAUUUAUGCAUGGAGUCGUUUAGCAAGUGUUAGUUGUAGCUGUAUCCUUCUCACGGUUAACGUGCCGCUAGUUAUUUUUCAAAAAUAGGCUUAUUUGCUAAACUUAAAGACGGCUACAGGCAACCGCUGCAUUUUGUUUUGUUGUUAUUAAAAGCAUAAUAUCAUAGGAAUAGGCUAUGGAAUUCCCGUUCGAUUUAAACGCUCUUUUCCCCGAAAGAAUUUCAGUACUGGAUCAUAAUUUGACGUCAGGGCGAAAAGCACUAGGAAGACCUGAUCCUCGGCAUCAAAUAUCGGCAGUUAUAGAUGAGCUAGGCAAAGCGUCGGCUAAGGCGCAGCAGUUGGCCGCGCCCAUCACCAGUGCUGCAAAGCUGCAGUCCAACCGACACCACCUGUACCUACUGAAGGAGGGGGAGAGCAACGGUGGGAGGGGUGUAGCAGUGGGGUUCCUGAAGGUUGGUUACAAGAAACUGUUUCUGUUGGACCAGCAGGGGGCACACGUGGAGAUCGAGCCUCUCUGCAUUCUGGACUUCUUUGUCACAGAGAACCUUCAGCGCCACGGCUACGGGCUGGAGCUCUUCAGCUACAUGCUGCAGCAUAAGAGGGUGGAUCCUGUGCGGAUGGCCUAUGACAGACCAUCUCCCAAGUUCCUGUCUUUCCUUGAGAAGCAUUACGACCUGAAGGAAAGUGUGCCUCAAGUAAAUAACUUUGUGGUGUUUGACGGAUUCUUCAGAGAUAGAUCAGCGGCACAGCUGAGAAAAGCUCUCCCAAAAAAGCCGGAAGGAGAGAUCAAACCGUACUCACUGGCGGAGAGAGAGGUGGUGCGGGAGGAGCAGAAGGUGCUGCCCUGGCCGUUCGUCCGCCACACCCUCCCUCCUCUCUCUCCUCCUGUCUCCCUCCCUUCGCAGUACACUCGCUCCCAGAGCGUAAACUCAUCCCCCAGUCACGCCCCCUCCCGGCCCGGCCCCUCCCCGGGGGCCUACAGGGACCCCACCCCCCACGCCCAGUACCUGGAGAACUUGAACUGCAGGGCCAGGCGUACCAGGUGAGACCCCAAAGCUCCCUUAAUCGCUCCCAGAUCUCCUUCAAUUGAGCUUUGACCUUUGACCCCUUUUUUCAGCCCUAGAACAGACCAGGGGGUGUGGCUUAUUACUGGGUUGAUUUUUUAUUUUUUAAGCCUUCCUUACUGUCCUUACUGACAGUCAUGGAGCAGUCGGUUGUGUACCACAGGGAAGGGUCCUCCACCUUUCCUCCAGCAGAUGGAGAGAGUAAAUAAGGCGGAGGUAAAGAAAGAGAGAAAGGAGGAUGGAAAAGAGAGGAAGAGAAGGCGGGAUAUUGUCCAGUAAAUCUGAUUGUCUUUCAAGUGAGCUGCAGAGCUAAUGAUGACCUCAGCUAGCAUACAAGCUGUUAAAAUGUCUCCUACAACAACAGGAACACUGGGGGAGGGGGAAAUUUCACAGAAUAAAGUGUGGUUUUCUGGUUUGUUUGAUACUGGUGUAGUUUUAAAAUAUUUUUUAAUAAAUUGAUUUUUUUUAAACAACAGCAUUCCCAUCUCACAACAGCUAUUGUAAUUUGAAGAAUGCAGCAAGAACGGUUUGAAUUUGUUACAGAAUUGUUUGAAGAAAAAAGUUUUAUUUUUGGCAUUGCAAAAGAAAGGAAGAACAUUUUAAAAAAUUAUUUUUGGGUUUCAGUCAUUCAUAGCUGUUUUAAUUAUCUAAAACAAAAAUAAAAUAAUGAUGUUUUGGAUUUGUUUCCAUAUUUACCUCCCAUUUUAGGUAAAAAAAAGAAAAAAAAAAGCUAGCCAGAAUCAGCUGCUCUGUAUGCCCAUGUCAUUGUUUAACUCCCUGUAAAUUUAGACUUGAUCAACAUGGCUGGUUGUGCUCUAAAUCUGCUUGGUUUAUCAUUAAUAAAUUGCGCUGCCUUACCUCAUUA